AUGCUGAGGAUUUGCAAGAAGAUUCCAUUGCCUCUUCACCCUAAAAUAGUGCCAAUACUGAGUUGGUUGUUGUGUCCGUUCAAGCAACAGAGAUACAAGACAAUACUCACACCUCACCCACUUAGUACGAAUUUGGUGAAGUUGAGUCUGGUUUUGAAGGUCCAUCAUCUAACUCUUAGAUUUUGGCCAGCGUUCCUCCUCCAAGAUGAAAUACACAGAUUCAAUUUCAUUCCUCUUCUCCAUCACCUUCUACUCCACAUGAAGCCAUCACACAACAUGGAUCGACUUAUCCACACAUUGAUACAAAUAUUCCACAUUCAUCUCCACUCGAACCCAUCACACAACGUGGAUCAACACCUCCGCACACUGAUACAAGUGGAGUCAAGUUUAUCUGAUCUUCAAUCAAAGAUGCUUUCUAAGCUUUCACUGUUGGUAAACUUGAUGGAGUCGUUAGGACAUCACCUAAGCAAAAUUGAAGCUGAUAUGGCUGACAUAAAGCACAUCAUAUCCAUGGUGGAUAAUACUAAAGAGAUUGUACAUUUCCGUUCUCCACACGAUGAUCCACAACCAUCACCAUUACCACCUCUUACUGGUAAUAAUCCUCACAAUCUAUUUCGACCUCAUCCUUUAAAUCCUCCUUCCCUACUUCCCUCUCUACCACUUGACACUCCUCCAGUGUCUCCUUAA